AUGACUAUAGCUGUGUUACCGCUAGGGACUACCUUUUCGAGGUGGUUCUUGCUGCCGACCUGUCGGGCUGGUGCACCAAAAUGGCUAUCUCGAGCAUCUCUGCUGAGGAGAUACUCGACAGCAGUGCCUGGUGGGAAUGUGGAAGAUCUCAAUAGAACAAGAAACAUUGGGAUAAUAGCGCAUAUUGAUGCUGGGAAAACAACUACAACGGAACGAAUGCUGUAUUAUAGUGGUUUUACACGGAGAAUCGGCGAUGUGGAUGAUGGCUCUACCGUAACGGAUUUCCUGCCAGCGGAGAGAGCUCGAGGUAUCACAAUCCAGUCCGCUGCAAUUACUUUCUACUGGCCUCCGCAGCAAGAGGAAUCAUCCAACAGCUUAACCCUAGAAGAUGUGGACAAGAAAAGAUUACCGAGGUCGGCUGUUCCCCAUACGAUUAACUUGAUUGAUACCCCUGGACAUGCCGAUUUUACGUUUGAGGUGCUACGGUCGCUUCGAAUCCUGGAUGGAGCAGUUUGUAUUCUGGAUGGAGUUGCUGGAGUUGAAGCGCAAACCGAGCAAGUUUGGCGUCAAGCAUCGACAUACGGCAUCCCCAGGAUCGCCUUUGUCAAUAAACUGGACCGAGAAGGCGCUGCGUUUGGCAGGACUAUAAAGGAAAUUGGUGCCCGGCUUGGGGGGUGGCCAGCAGUCUGUCAAAUUCCCUGGUUCGAGGGAGGUGAUGGUAAACUGCAGGGGGUUGGAGACGUUAUCUCCCUUCAAGGACUGCUUUGGGAACUUGGAGGGGAUGGCAAAAAGAUAUCUGUCUCAAACCUAUCUACACUAGAACAGUCUGACAGACAAUUUGCAGACGAGUUGAAAAAGGCCAGGAUUGCACUGGUUGAGCUUCUGAGCGAGCAUGACGAUACUAUGGUGGAAAACUUUCUGGAGCAUGAUGAAGACCAUCUGGCGGUCAAGCCUAUAGAGAUCCUCGAGAGUCUCCGUCGCUGUCUACUGGGAGACAUUGAAAAUAAGAUCAUUCCCACGUUUGCAGGUGCCAGCUUCAGAAAUAUCGGUGUUCAGCCGUUACUUGAUGCAGUAGUGAACUUACUUCCGAGUCCAUUGGAGCGGCCGGAUCCAGAGAUUAGCAUCAAUAACGUCAGAUGCGGGUUGAAUGAAUACCUUGAAGGGAAAGCUAUGGUAGGAACCUCAUCAGGCAGCCAAAAGGGGAAGAAGGGAGUGAUCCCAAGGUCAAAGCCGGCAACAUCUCUUCAAAAGCUUGAAGCUUGCGCACUAGCUUUCAAGGUCGUUAGUGACGCAAAGAGAGGCGUCCUUGUUUAUGCGCGCAUUUAUUCGGGGAUACUGCAUAGGAAUGCACUACUAUUCAACACAAACCUCCAGAUCUCCGAGCGAGUACCUCGUCUCCUCAAGAUGUACGCUUCAGACGCUGUUGAACAAGAAUCCGUAUCUGCUGGCCAUAUUGCCGUCUUUGUCGGGUUGAAAUAUGCUCGGACGGGAGAUACACUGAUUUCAUACGCUGGAAACAAGCAGAGUCCGCCUGAGCCCUUAAACACAUUACAGCUGCGCCCUAUCAAUGUUCCUCCUCCUGUGUUUUUCUCCAGUGUUGAACCUCAUAGUCUCAGCGAGGAGAAGAACCUACAGACUUGCCUAGCACUCCUUUUACGAGAAGACCCUAGUUUGCGAGUUACGCAAGAUGAAGAUUCUGGCCAAACUCUGCUCAGUGGUAUGGGCGAGCUUCAUCUUGAAAUUGCCCGCGAUAGACUAGUAGGCGACUUCAAGGCAAAGGCGUCUAUGGGGAACAUUGAAAUUGGGUAUCGUGAAUGCAUCACCGGGACAUCUUCAACGACCUCGAAGGUAUUCGAUAAAGAAAUUGCCGGGAGAAAGGGAAAGGCAGGUUGCGAAGCUAUUGUGGAACCCCUUGCUGAAGAGCAAGAACCGCAGCAAAACAGAGAUGACCAUGUCUACACACAAACUGUGGAUGGCAACCGAAUCACCAUUGAACUGCCCAACAUAGGAGAAAAGAAAGGUAAACAGGCAGACGAUAUGUUUCCAGCACAUUUGUCGAUUGACAUAGUUAAAAAUGCCCUUUAUGCGGGAGGCCUGGCUGCCCUCGCCCGUGGACCAAAGUACCAAUUCCCCCUUCAUGGCGUUGACGUGAAACUAAGGCUCGACCUCGAACAACAUCUCUUUGGGACCGAGACAACUGCGUCCGCCAUUUCGGCGGCAGCAAGACUUGCUACUCAAUUUGCGCUGAGGGAAGUGUCUUCUUCAUCAGGUCUGAUGGAACCAGUCAUGAAUGUCUCGAUCAGUGUUCAGGAAUCAGCGCUAGGUUCUGUAGUACAUGAUAUCUCAUCGUCGCGCGGAGGACAUGUCGUUUCACUUGACGAUGACGCUUCUUCUUCUCCAUCUACGGAGUCAGAGGAAUCGAACACCGUUGAUGUGUCCAAGAUAUAUGCUCCGAGAGAUCCAUUCGAGCCCUCGUCCAACCAGAGUGUGUCGGCAUCCUUAUCAGCAACAAACCAGUCUAGAACUAUAUCUGCAAAAGUCCCGUUGAAGGAAAUGGUGGGAUAUUUGAAACACUUAAGGAGUAUUACUGGCGGAAGAGGGACUUUCGUCAUGAGCGUUGAUAGAUUUGAGAAGAUGGGCAGCCAGAGAGAGAAGGCUAUAUUGGCUGAGAUCCGAGGGAUAUAG